AUUCAAUCCAAAAUCAUUUUUCUCUGCUAACUGUGAGAGAAUCUAAUCUGGCUACUGAAGAAUCGAAUAGUUGUUGAUAGUUAAGAACUUUUCAAGAUACAGUCCAUUUUACAGCUCCAACAUGGAUACUUGUACAGCGGACUCUUGCGAUAGUUUUGCUUGGCAAGCAACGUGUCCAACUUUUGUGAAAUACAUGAGAAGUCAAUUACUUUUCAUUUCCAAUAACACAUCUGUUGUGAAAGAACCAGCUCCAAAGAAUUUAACAGUAGAAGCUCUUUAUAUGAUAUGUGUAAUCCUAUGUUUUGUUGCACUUUCUGCAAUGGGUAGUUCACUCACAGCUCUGGAAUAUGCUACUGCAAAUGCAAAGAAAGAUACAUAUUUGAAGUACUUUUUGAGCUGUAAGGAAAUAACAAAAUUUUUGGAUAGCUUUAAUAACAAAGGAGUUUUACGGGAAUGGAGAGAUUAUAUAAAAUGCUUUUGUCUGGUGACGAACGGAAGACUGUUGCUGAAGAACGCUCCUGCCAAGAAUCAUCUCGAAUGCAUCGACGGAAUUCGAUUCUUCAGUUUCUGCUGGACGGUGGUCGCUCACUGUUUCGCCCUCUACUUUCCAUCCACUAAAAAUCUAGAAGAAAUGGCACCUUAUCUGCAAUAUAAGAUAGCUCAAAUUCUUGUGAAAGGGGAUUUUAUAAUCGACAUUUUUUUGGUAAUAAGUGGAUUAUUAAAUGGAUAUGGUUUCGUACAAAGUUAUGAGAAAAACAAGGGAAAUAUAUCUUGGUUUCAUUUCUAUGUCAAGAGGAUCAUAAGGAUUACACCUGCUUAUGUUAUUGUUCUGGGAUUUUACAUUACUUUGUUCUCUUACAUGGGUUCAGGACCUUUGUGGCCAGUUUAUACGACGAAUCCAGUAUGUAAAGAUAACUGGUGGUGGAACUUGCUUUUCAUCAAUAACUUUCUUUCACCUUCAAAUCAGUGCAUGUUUUGGACUUGGUAUUUAGCUGCUGAUUUUCAGUUCUACGUUUUGAGCCCUUUAUUCUUGAUUUCUAUUAUCAAAUGGCCAAGAUUGGGAUACAUCUUGAUAGGCGUUAGCAUCGGUGUAUCAAGCUUGAUAACUUUUAUUAUAUCGAAACAAUUUGAUUUAAUUAGUUGUUUAUCAAGAGUAGGCUUCCAUCUCUCCGAACCAGCCUUUGCGCUAUAUACCAUAAGAAUGUGGGAGUUCUUCGAUAAAGUAUAUCAGAAACCUUAUACAAGGAUAAGUGCUUAUUUGAUCGGACUCCUGCUGGGCCACGAAUUGUGCAAGAGAAGAGAUAAAUCUAACAAGAUAACUCUGUACUGUGGAUGGAUGACUGCGGGCAUCUGCAUGUGGCUUUAUUUCUUUCGUUUUGGAAUCGCAGAAGAUUCGGGCACAGAAACUGCUUUCUAUAAUGCUAUUAAAUUCAUCUUGUUUUCUUCUGGAACAGCAUGGUUUGUUUUUGCGUGCGUAACAAAGCAAGCAGGUUUCUUCAGCAGAUUUCUUUCCUCGAAUAUCUUCAACUCUCUUGUCCACAUAGCGUACUGCGGAUACUUAAUCCACUUCAUCGUGCUGGAGCGAUACCUGCUGAUAUACAAAGAGGCAGAAGACUAUUCAAUUGUGUCACUGGUAAUUCUGUCUGCUCAAGUGUUCCUUUGGACUUUCGUUUUCUCUUUUGCAGUGGCAUUGCUAGUUGAAAUCCCAAUAUCAAGACUUUAUUUGAAGAUCUCGAGCAAAAGCAAGUGUUGAACUAUAAAUGAUGAUUCUAAUUUACUGAAUUUUUCAAAUAAAAUGAAACUCCCAGGCAAUUAUAGUAUAGAUGGAGCUCUUUGAACUUUCAGUGAACUUGUUUCUGACUUAGAACGCUUGAAAGGAAAAGGACGGUUCGAUACAAUUACAAUUUGAUAUAGAAUUAUAUAUUUUUUUAGGUAUGCAAUCAAAAUUAAUUUAUGUAAAAUAGCGAUUUUUUUAGCAUAACUAUGAAAUUAUAUUGUUUCUAAGCUUAGCUUAGCUUCACUAGCUUGUAUCGAAAUUAAGAAUUUCAUCAAAUACAGAAAAAAACUGUUUUAAAUGUUUAUAAAGUGUUUUAU